GGCGGGCAGCGGGACACAGCCGGCGAGAGGCGCAGGAUGUCGGCGGCGCUGUACGUGCUCUCCACGCUGGGCGGAUACGUCCUCACCUCGGCGCUGCUCCUCAAGUGUCCGGGGCUGCUCCACCGGCCCAAGCGGCAGCGCUUCCGUUGCCGGCACAUCUCCCACCGCGGCGGUGCUGGAGAAAACCUGGAAAACACGAUGGCAGCCUUUCACCAUGCGGUUAAUAUAGGAACAGACAUGUUGGAGCUGGAUUGUCACCUGACAAAAGAUGAGCAAGUGGUGGUGUCCCAUGAUGAGAACUUGAAGCGAUCAACAGGAAUUGAUGUCAACAUAUCUGACCUCAAAUACUCUGAACUGCCACCAUAUCUCUGCAAGCUGGAUGUCACCUUUCAGAAAGAAUGUCACUGUGAGGGAAAAGAUAACCGUAUUCCACUCCUGAAAGAGGUGUUUGAGGCAUUUCCACAGACUCCUGUCAACAUUGACAUCAAAGUGAACAACAAUGUGUUGAUCAAAAAGGUUUCUGAGCUGGUGAGUCAGUAUAAGCGAGAGCAUUUGACAGUAUGGGGGAAUGUCAAUUACGAGGUUGUAUCAAAGUGUCUUAAGGAGAAUGCUGAUAUUCCCAUCAUCUUCUGUUUGCAACGUGUCCUCCUGCUUCUUGGCCUGUUCUACACCGGUCUGCUGCCAUUCAUUCCUUUCAAGGAAGAAUUCUUGGAGAUUCCCAUGCCUUCAAUCAUCCUCAAGCUGAAAGAACCACAGAAGGUGACAAGAAGCCAAAAAUUUAUUAUCUGGCUAGCUGACACACUGCUGAUGAGGAAAGCACUUUUUGACCACCUCACUGCUCGAGGCAUUCAGGUGUAUAUUUGGGUACUGAAUGAAGAACAAGAAUACAAGAGAGCAUUUGAUCUAGGAGCAACUGGAGUGAUGACAGACUAUCCAACAAAACUUAAGGAGUUUUUACAUAAUUAUCCAGCAUAAAUGAAGAAAUCCAAGGAAGUUCUUGCAGAUUGUGAGCCAAGGAUUUUCUCCAUUAAAAACAAAAAAGAGUAGCAUACACAGAUCACCUUGAAGGAUGUAACUGGAUGAUCUGUUACCUUGUCAUCAGGUUGCUACCUAAUGUAAAGGCUGUCUAUUUAUUUUAAAACUUUAAUUACAUAGUUUACAUUUGUAAAUAGCUCAUUUAGCAAUAGCACACUUCACAUAUAGUGAUGACUAGGAAGAAACUUGCUGGAUUGGAUACCUGUAGAUAAUAAACGUUAUUUUACCUGUCACAAGUGUUCCUAAGCAGAUGUCAAGACAUGUCAGUUAUCCCAGUUAUAUUCUAGUGGGCAGAAACUAAGGAAUUUCUGAAAGUACUCUCUGUGUAUGCAUUUCUUGUCUUGCUUUUAAUUUUCAGAUAACCUGUAGGGCAAAAAAGAAAACGCACAGGAGAAGCAGAGAGUGGAAUCUGUGGCUAGCCGAACAGUGUAGCAUGUGAAGUGUAGUCCAUAAAGGUGGUCAUAAAGGUGGUCACUUUUUUACCAAAAUGAACUCAUUUGGUCAGUGUAGAUUUACUCUUUUAUUCUUACUGCUAAGAAUGUUGAACCUGAGUUGCAGCUGUACAUAGACCCCUUUCUGCUGUGAUGGCAAUGCUGUGACUCACUGGUCAAGUUCCAAGUGUGGUAUUUAAGCCAGGUUCUGGGUUUGACACUGACUUCUACUGCAAGAGUCUAGGUUUGCUGCUGGUUCUGACCUGCCUGUCAGGCUACUGUGGCAUGGCAAAACCUGGCUUUCCAGGAAGGAAGAUUGCACUUUCUGGAGAUUACACUUAUUUUGUAAUAAGUAGUCUUUUAAUGGAGGAAACCAAUAUUCUAGGAGUCUUUUGCACAUCUGUAGUUCUAACAUCUGUGGUCUUGAUGAUGGAAAGUUGGAUUUAGGGUGAGGGACCAAAGAAGACUGUUUGGUCAGGAGUUUCAGGAACAAAUUUAAAUGUUCCUAUUAAAUGAAUUCACCCAAAGCAGAUUUAUAUGCGUACUUAUAAAAAGAGCAAGUGUCAAUCUAA